AUGCCAGUCGUGUCGCGCGUGGGCUCGUUCAUGGCAAUCAACACCCCGCUACUUGCCAGGGCCACGACGGCGACAAUGGUCGGCCUAGGUCGUUGGAUUGCAAACUCGGGCCCUGUGGCCAAACGCAUAGACGCGUGGCUAGCCCAACAGUCACCCGAGGCAGCUGCUGACCCGGAAGCAGCGAGGGAAAGGCUCUUGCGAAUCACUCUUGAAGGGUUCGCGCAGGGCUCUCAAGCUACGGUCGACGAGGCCCGCCUCCUCACUACCGACUGGGGGUUCCGGUUCGAGGACAUCAUGUACGACACGGUGAAUAUCUGGCACGGGACGCAGGACGCCCGCUCCCCAAUACGGAUGAUCAGGCAUAUGGCUGAACGGAUGCCUCACUCAACAUUGUACGAGUACGACGAGCUUGGCCACUUUGAUAUCCACAAGCAGCUGGACGAGGUCGUCACCGAGCUCAUGAGGCAAUAG